AUGGGAGAGUGCAGGAGACUUUUUGAAUAUUUCGUUAUCGUUGGCUUGGAAGAUGGUGCUGAAGAUUUGGUACCUACAGCUCAGGAAUGUGGCUGCCGGAAUUCAGCUCCUUUGGCCCCAAUUACUGAUAUCUGCGUGAUCUUCCCUGGUCUGGGCGAAACGGUUCCAGAUGGAUUUGAACGUAUCACAAGUACACCGAUGGGAUACGCAGCUGAUCUGAACCACGGUUCAUUACGGACACCGUCAGUUUUUUUAUGUUUUCGCCGAGGGUAUCACAAGCCACCUUUGGUUGAUAUCGGUGUGUUGGAUGAAGGUCGCGGAGAAAAGCCAAUGCUUGACUCGAACACCGUAUUAACGACUCCUUUCGGCCGUUCUGCCAAUGUUAACAAUGCCUCACCAGGUGUUUUCCUGACAUAUCGCCGUGCACAAGCCAAUAGUGCUCCAAGCCAGCUUGUCGUUACUCAUAUCUGUGUCAUUUUGGCAAAUAAAGGAGAGACGGCUCCACAUACUUACUAUAAAAUUCCAAAAAACUUAAACAAGGGCAUGGUUGGUUCUGAUGUAUUUCUGUGCUAUAAAAAAUCACAGGGAACAUCGAAACGAAUAGCUUACAAACCAAUAGUUCUGGAUCAUUUUCCUUCAGAUAACAAAUUUACAUUGGCUCAGAAUAUACCGAUGUUUUGCCUUCCAGUGGGUGCAUUAAUCGAAUGUUGGCCAGCAAGGUGUCAACCACCGGACAAAUUAUUCUCUACUUUUGUUCUCACUGAUCAGGAUGGAAGUAAACUUUACGGCUCGUCAGUUACCUUCUACGAACCUUAUACGAAGCCACUAAGCAUUGAACAGAUGGAAAAAUUGGAGUUAAUGAAUGAAACAGUUACACGCGGAACGGUAGAGGAUGCUUCUAACACUAAUGAUCCAGCUGAACAGCUCUAUGAAGUGUCGUUUCCAUCACCACGAUGUCCACGUGUACUAGUUCAGUUGGGUAACGAAACAAUUUCAUUCGAAAGUCAUGAUGAUUCGCAAUUACCCCUGUCCGGUGCUGCUUUUUUCGAUACUCUGAAAUGUCUAGGACCACAAAAUUUAAUGUAUUUGAUGCUGCUUGCGUUGCUGGAACAGAAAAUAUUAGUUCAUUCCUUGCGUCCUUGGCUACUAACGGCUGUUGCGGAAAGUGUCUGUGCUUUAAUGUUCCCAUUUCAUUGGCAGUGUCCCUACAUUCCUCAGUGUCCGCUUUCACUUGCUGGUGUGCUUCAUGCUCCACUUCCGUUUAUUGCUGGUGUUGAUUCCAGGUAUUUCGACCUCUACGAAGAUCCACCCUCUGAUGUUACUUGCUUCGAUCUCGACACUUCGACAGUCAGUUUCUCUUCUGUUCGACAAACGUUGAAACUUAGCAUGCUUCCGAAGAAAGCUUCACGACAACUGAAGAGCAGUCUUGAGAAACUUCAUAGACGACUUUAUCAAGAAGAAUUUAAUGUAAUCGCUUUGCGAAAAAACAUGGAUUUCAUGCCAUUGGAUAUUGAUUAUGAUAUACAACGUAAGAAAAGAAUGCUUGAAAUCAGCGUCCAGGAUGCUUUCCUUCGGUUCAUGGCUUCUUUGAUGCAGGGAUAUACUGCUUAUCUCAGACCCAUCCGUUGUGCUCCGCUUUGUGUAGGAGCUACUGAUACGGGCUCGCUAUUUGAUCUUGAUGCCUUCCUUCGCUCUCGUGAUAAGUCAUCACUGGAAUUUUUCAAACGCUUCAGCGAAACACAAUCAUUCAAUCGUUUUAUCGAGGAGCGGUCGUUUGUUUCUGACAAAAAUACUUAUAACGCAUUCUUUGAUGAAUGUAUUGCAAAAAUUUCUCAAAGUGAUAAUCGGUCAUCGAAUGAUUCUCUUGUGGAAUAUGAGAUGUCAGCGAGUUGUCAGACGGAAUUCGUGCCUCCUCCAGAAUCUACUGUGAAUCCGGAUGGCCAAGAAUUGAUCUAUAAAUAUGAAUGUUUUCCAAGAAAGCUUGAACCAAAGCUGUUUCAGCUUGAAAAUUUACGCAAAAUUAGUAUCGAAAUGAAAGGCUCAGCUACUAGCAGUGAUAGCUUGGAGAGUGCUUUGAUUCGUACAAAACAAGAGGCUCGAAGUGCCAUUGAAACAGCUGUAUUAAAUGCCCGACAUUCACCAGUUACAUGGCCAAAAACUUUACUUUUUUAUGCAUACUCUGUUUGGUUCAUGCUGCUACCCUCACUUGUUCAUCUUGCAAAGUCAAAAGUGAAGAUUUUGCGACUAGCACUUCAUAUACUAGACAGAAUGGAAUAUUCGGGUAUUAUACCUCUCGAUCAAGUAUGCUACCGCAUUGUGAUACAAUUAUGUGGCGAUUUCGGGCAUCCUAUUCUUGCUGUUAAAGUCCUUCAAGCAAUGCAGAGAAGUGGUAUGGAACAGAAUGCAGUGACAUAUGGCAUCUAUCAUCAAGCGGUUCUGAAAGGCGGUUGGCCAGUGGGUGAUCGAGUUGAAGCUGUAAAAGCAUGGAAUCGCUUAGCAAUUGUAGUGCGAGCUCUUUCAUUAUUUAAAUUGAAUCUGUCGCUGGCUUCAAGUCGUCGUUCUCUGCAGUUCGGUUCGAUAUCUGCUGCUGAUAGUUGGUCACAUAGUGAAAAUGCAUCAUGUGAUAGUGCAGCGAAAGAAAAUGAACCAAUUUCUAAUGAGAUACAGACAUCGGCUGAUUUGAAUGUGAGUGGAGGUGAAUCAAUUCUGGAUCAGUCAUCACAGUUGAAGCAUACCUUAGUUCCGUUCUCAGAAGAAAAUAAUUCAAGUGAUUUAUUAAUCGACCCGUUGGGGGCUAUGAAUAUGCCGCAGAACUUAUCGGCAACGCCAAAACAAACUGGUGAAACGAUGAGUCCAAGUCGAUUACGAUUCAUCAAAGAGCAUAGUACUUCGCCAUUUGCUAAUGAGCUGCAACAUGAUGAAUCGGUGGAUUCAAGAUUGAAUGAAAAAUCGAAUUCGUGGCUUCGAGGUCUAACAAGCAGUCCAAUUGUUAGCAAACUUAUGCGCAGUAAUACUACAAGCAAUUUUGAUUCGCCUUUUGACAAAAACGAUUCGUCGCUCACUUUAUCACCGAGUUUGGCAUCUUUGGUCAAUCACAUGAAAAAAGGUUAUGAUGAUGUACUGCAAGCUGGAAGUUUGUCAUCACGUCUGCGUGAAGGAGUCAAUACUUUGGUGAAUGAAGUACGCAGUUUAAACCGUUCGUAUAUAAAGGACGUGGGCGAAAGUAUUCAUAGUUCACAACGUGAAAUCAAUGAACAGUCGGACCAGCAGCUACAUCUGAAUGACCCAUUAUUUCAACUGGAUUCCGGUUCACAUUGUUCACUGCUUCCAUCAGAUUGGUGGUUAGCUGACCAGAUUUUCGCUUCCGCUUCCACUCAACACGAAUUUGUCGAUGUCGCGAUCUCCUCCGCUUCUCUCUGCCCUGCUUGCAAAAUGGUUGUCUAUGAUGAAGACCUGAUGUCAGGAUGGACGGUUGAUGAAUCAAAUUUGAAUACGAAUUGUGUCUAUUGUGAUUGUGCUUUUGUUCCUUCGUUGACCAUUAAAAUUCAUCAACGGGAAAUGCCGGUGGAAAGUAGUUGGUAUUUGCCAUCGUCCUUCGCUGUUAAAACUUCAGAUGAUGACAGUACAUUGUGUUGUAAUGGAGAUAACGAAUCUAUAGCCAGUCAACUCUCAGUUCCAUUUUUAAGUCCACUUGUUUUACGUCGCGAAUUGGAGAAUUUAUUAAGCGGAAAUUGUUUGCUUCCUGUAUAUUCGUCACUAAAGCACUCUAAUCCAAUUGUCUUCUGGAAUGUUCUGUAUUAUUCUCGUCGCUUGUCUUUACCCACGCAUUUUCCUAGCUGGCUUGGUCAGUCAGUUCAUAUACGAUGUGUUUAUGAUGUACCAAUUUUGCACACAGAAUUCACUCCACUAUUUUUCGUAAACCCAUCACACAAGGAUGGUUUAUUACCAAGCAGUGAGCGUAGUGUUAGCAUAUGGCGACAUGUGAUUGCCGCUGUACAGCAGUCCAGUAUUCUUCGCGCAUUACAGGUCAUUUUAUCUGAAAACCGCAAUGCCAUUGACAAUGGCAAAUUUCCACGUCGAUUUCCAUUGUUCAGAGACGUUCAGUUUGUGGCAUUGGAUAAAUAUGGUAGCGCAGUUGAUCGAGACCAGUUGGAUGAGCAAUAUCUUUCCGAUUUUGAACGCCUCCCACCUCGGAUUCUAUCACUACUGCCUUGUUCUGACUACCCUCCCAAAAGCCUUUCCAGAAUUUGCCGAAAAAUCUUCCUACCGCUUGAUGUUUUCUAA